GCUCGCGCACCUGCGUUGGUUGGUUGGUCUCAUGUUGAUGCGGCGCUCAGAGGACGACCGUGUCUCUGUGCGGGCUCAGAAACCAUGGCUGAAUCCCGGAGGGUCCCGCUGACCACACUGAGCUGCGGUCGGCCCUCGUUCUCUGACGUUCUGGUUCCGUCUGGUGGGAUGAAGGAGAACCUCUGUGACCGGUCCAAAACAGUUCGGCUCGAGCUUAAACUGUUCCAGCCGGACGAGCAGAAGUUUCCAGAGUUCAACUACCGUCAGCUGCUUGAUGAUAAGACAAAGAAACCAGAAGAUCAUCAACUGAACGGAUUCCAGCAGAAAGAAAAGGAGGAAAAUGAUGAAGUUGCUUCAAUUGCAAGAAAGUUUGAGGAAAAAUAUGGUGGCAUGUAUAAAAAAGAUCGCAUUCAGGACUUGAUUGAUAUUGGAUACGGCUAUGACGACGAGGAUUCUUUCAUUGACAACUCUGAGGCCUAUGAUGAGUUUGUUCCAUCUUCUAUCACGACCAAAUUUGGAGGCUUCUACGUGAACUCUGGGCUACUACAGUUCAGAAAGGCUUCAGACUCUGAGUCCGAGGACAUUCCUACUAAUGACGUCUCAUUUGACUUCACAAAAAAACGCAGCUCUGAUUGUGAACAGAACAAGCCAAAGAAGAAGCGUUGCCAAGCCAGUCAAGAACUGAAAAGCAAUCCAGGUCUAAAGAUGAGAGGUCUGACUAAAGCUGCCUCUGAAGACUCAAAGGUCAGAAAGAAGAAAAGGACCGUCAGGGCGCUGAGUGUCACCAGCAUGCUGAGAAAGUUUGAAAGAGAAAAAGAACGUCAGAAUAUGGAAGAGGCUAAACGGGUGACUGCUGUGAUCAGUGCCCCCAAAGCCUCACUGUUCCCCGCAGACGCAGCUGGGAGUGGAGGGCCGGCGCUCACCGACCCCCUCCUCAGUUUGAUUGGCUCCACCAAUGACCACGCUCUUAUCCAAGCGGCCAACACGGUGGAUUUUGACAUCGAUUUGGACUCUUUGUUAGACGCCAGUGAGGAGACGUUGUCACCAGAAUCAUCUUUUCCAACUGCAGAGACGAGUCAGACCAAAGUAAAUGGUCAGACGCAGUCAAAGGUCACAUGUGACCAUGAAGUCCAGCAUCAAGAAGCAAAGAUCACCUCUCAACUGAAGCCUCAUCUGGAGGCAGUCCAGAUCUUGAUGGAACAAAGUUCUGGUUCUGCUCCGUGUGCUCCUCUGCCAGAGGGGCUUCCUCCUGCUCUGGAGGAAAACAUCGGGAAACUGAUAGAAGCGGCUAGGACUUCAGAGGGAGAGUCAAAACUGAAAUUCUUCAGUCCAGACAUCAAUUCUGUCCUUCUUGAUAUUGAGCUGCAGUGUCAAGAGCAGAGCGGCCAGCUGCGCUCCAAGGUGUACACACACCUGUCGUCCUUCCUGCCCUGCAGCAGAGACACGCUUCUCAAACGAGUGAGGAAACUGAUAAAACAGCUGGAAGAGCCUGUCUAUGCAGAAGAGCCGAUGCAGAAACUUAAGGAAUCCAUCGGCAGAUCCAUGCCGGAGCAGGUUGCAAGUUUCAAUGAAAGCUGUCGCGCAUAUGAAGAAACCAAAUUCUUAAAGAUGGCAGAGGAGGACAAUGUGGAGGAGAGGGCUGGCAGAAAAGGAGGUCCAAAGAAGUUGUUCAAAUGGAAUGAGGAGAUCAGAGAGUGUUUAAGCCACGUACUAAAGGAAAAAUCGGACAAAUAUAAAAAAGAAGGCAAAGGGGACCAAGAAAUUGAAGAGUUUCUUAAAACCUUUUUAGAAAAUGAGGUUAAAGCACUUUGGCCUAAAGGGUGGAUGCAGUCGAGAGUGCUGCUAAGAGAAAGCAAGAAGCGUUUGGGGCUCUUUCACUCAUUACUAGGAAACAAAGGCAGGUGCUUGAAAAAACAGUCUACUGGUGGAGCCUCCAAAACGUCAGAUGUCUGUAGCAGUUUUUAUGGAGUUCCACUGAGGUCUGAACUGGACCCGAGGGUGGAUUCUGGCCUGAAUGGCAGCUCACAGCUGUCCAGUGGUGUUCCCAAAUAUCAGAGGGAUGAAGGGACUGCUACUCCUUUGGCUCCAAAGAUGGACGGACCUCCAGACCAAACCGCCUCCGAGUCUUUAGUUUCACGUCUCUGUAAUCGGUCUGGACAAGAGGUGACCAGUGAGCAGCCUCCGGCUCUUUCCCAGGAGCUGCUGACCGAAGCUUUUGCAAAGCACUGGAGCACAGAAACGGAGGUGAACAGACCUCUUCUGCCUCCUGCCCCUCAGCCCAGCCCAGUAGGUUUCCCUGGAAACCAGGAGUGCCAGAUUGUUUUCCCUCACCUGCUGAAGAUUGGAGAUCCGAGUCGGCUGGAUCGCGCUCAGAUGUUGGUCAUCUCUGAUUCUGAAGCCGUCUACAAUCUGAACAGAGUCCAGGAAGGCCUCAGCACUUGAUGCAAAACCCAACAAUGGAGAUGGAAUCUGGAGCCACAAUUAAUAACAAACACUUGUUAAGUGUUUGGGUUUUUUUUUUUUUUUUUUGUCAGAUUUAAUAUAUUGAUUGUCUAAUUUAAAAGAACUGAUACUGACUGAUGUAUUUGUGAAAACUUUCAAAUGUUGACCUGUACUUUAAGUGAAUAAAAAUAAAUUGCAUAUUAAACUAAA